GGAAGAGGUCUUUCUGUUGCAAAAGGGGCUUGAGCGAUGUUGUCAUGUCACUUAGCACAAGAUUGAGGCCAUGCUGAUUAUUGAACUUGGCUAACUUGAUCCCUCCAAGUCACUCCCAGACACACACACUUGGAUAAAUUUUUCUCUCUUCUACUGAAUAUCCAUUUUCUUGAGUAUGUCUAGCCCCUCACUCUGACCUCCUUAGAUCCCACGUGUUGGGAGAAUCUUAUCGUCCAUGCUGGGGAAAUAAACAGCCCACUCCAGAACAUGGAGAUCAUUUCUACUGCAUAUAGCCGACUAAAAGAAAUUUUUUUCCCUUAAAAAUCCAACAAAUAAAUUUGGAAGAUUUAAAAUUUUUUCUUUUUAAAAACUUACUUCAUUUUCCUCCUUAAUCUAGCAGAAAGCCGACCUUAUUAGCUUUCAGUUUGGGGAAAGGAGUGACUACUCACUCAUAUUCUGCAUUUUACUUCUAUCAAAAAAACCCACUUGCGUUCAGCACAGAUAAAUGAGUAGAGUUGGUGCUCACAGGAAGCCACUUGCCCUUCAAAGCCACAUGUCGUUCCUAACGCUGCACUUCUUGAGCAGUCCUGGCCCUGCUCCCCAGACCUUCCUCAGAGCCACUUUCAGGAGAGCAAGCUUCUGGCUGGGCUCACACCUGCCUUGAGGAGCCUGUCCACUUGAAAAUGAACCCUACAGAUAUAGCGGACACCACCCUGGAUGAAAGCAUCUAUAACAAUUACUACCUCUUUGAAAGUAUUCCCAAGCCAUGCACAAAAGAAGGCAUCAGGGCCUUUGGGAGGCUCUUCCUGCCCCCUCUCUACUCCUUGGUCUUUCUAUUUGGUCUGCUUGGAAACUCCGUAGUAGUUCUGGUACUAUUCAAGUACAAGCGGCUCAAGUCCAUGACUGACGUGUACCUGCUCAACCUCGCCAUCUCAGACCUACUCUUCGUGCUCUCCCUCCCGUUCUGGGGGUACUAUGCUGCAGAUCAAUGGGUGUUUGGACUAAGUCUGUGCAAGAUUAUUUCCUGGAUGUACUUGGUGGGCUUUUACAGUGGCAUCUUCUUCAUCAUGCUCAUGAGCAUCGAUAGAUACCUGGCAAUUGUGCAUGCAGUGUUUUCCUUGAGAGCUAGGACCUUGACUUAUGGGGUCAUCACCAGUGUGGCCACGUGGUCAGUGGCUGUAUUUGCCUCCCUUCCAGGCUUUAUAUUUAGCACUUGUUACACAGAGCGCAACCAUACCUACUGUAAAACGAAGUACUCUCUCCAUGCUUCCAGGUGGAAGGUUCUGAGCUCCCUAGAGAUCAACAUUCUAGGAUUGGUGAUCCCACUGGGGAUCAUGCUGUUUUGCUACUCCAUGAUCAUCAGGACCUUGCAGCACUGUAAAAACGAGAAGAAGAACAAGGCGGUGAAGAUGAUCUUUGCCGUGGUGGUCCUCUUCCUCGGCUUCUGGACACCUUACAACAUAGUGCUCUUCCUGGAGAUGCUGGUGGAGCUGGAGGUGCUUCAGGACUGCGCCUUUGAGAGACACCUGGACUAUGCCAUGCAGGCCACAGAGACCCUAGCUUUUGUCCACUGCUGCCUUAACCCAGUCAUCUACUUUUUCCUAGGGGAGAAAUUCCGCAAGUACAUCAUACAGCUCUUCAAAACCUGCAGGGGCUCCUUUGUGCUCUGCCAAUACUGUAGGGUCCUCCAGAUGUACCCCCCUGACAUGCCCAGCUCAUCUUACACACAGUCCACUGUGGAUCAUGACCUCCAUGAUGCACUGUAAAAAAGGAAAAUGCAGCAAACAGUUUGUAGCUUCCCAAAUUAAGAGCUUACCUAAAAUUGUGUUCUAGUAAGAGUUCCUGAGUAUGUGUCAGGAAAAAGACUUGCAUCCUACGCAGAGUAUGGGCCUCUCACCCGGCCUUCUGCAUUUCCUCAGCCAUGUACAGGUUCAGUGCUGCAAGAGCUGCCCGGCUGAGGUGGGAACUUGCCCGCACCAGGCCUGCCUGAGGGGCAAAGUAUUCCUGAGGAGAAUUCUGGGCAGUGCUUCAAUGAGGCUAAUUGUUCAUUGGCAAGGAGAAGAUUUUCCCUUCUAACCCAAGCUGAUGGGGGUCUCCAGAGGGAAUUGUAGGGAACUGACUGAUGGAAUAAAUCACUAUUUCUUGCUGCAAAAAAUGGACCGUUUAAUUACUUGUUAGCUUUUGUGGAAGAACAGAGAAAACUUUGGCUGUUUUAUCUCUGAAGCAUGGAGUACUCCAUGAAGCCAGGUGUCUGCAGACACAAAUAGUGAAGUAUUGAACCUGCCUCUGGGUUCUUUGAUUGUAAAGGUUUAUUUGUUAAUGGACAGCCAAACUUUUUAUGCUCAUUACUGGUAAAACAAUACGAAGGCAUUAGCACAGUCUGAUUUCCAAACAUACAAGGCAUUAAAAAGUCCAUACAUAUUUGUGGAAAUUCAAACACAAUUUCAUAUGUUUGUAGACAUGUUUUAAUUACAACAGAUGAAUAUUCAAAAAUUUAAAAUAACAUGUAGGCCCAUAUACAUUUAGUUGGGGUCUUUUACUUGUUUACAAGCAGGGCCUUCAAAACUAAAAAUAAUGAGAGCUAGUGAAGUGUGGCAAAGCUUCCUUAAUAAUUUUGAAGCACCUGCCAACCAGUGAAUAGUCAACUAAAAGUUACUGCUGGUGUGGCAGAAAAAUGACUGUCAAAAGAUUAUGAAAUUGUGGAAAGUGUUAUCCUCUCUUUUAAAAUAUUGGCUUGCUGUCUAACUUUUGGAUGAUUCAAAAGUUCAGUCAUUUCUUACAAAUCAUUUUAAUCAUAUAAUUAAUUAUUUAUACCUCCCAUUAAGAUAAAUCUCUGUUCUUACAGCUUUACAUAAUCAAAAUUAAGGAAAGAUUUUAACCAUGUCUGGGGAGACCUGUAAUCCCACCAAAAACAAAAACCUAUCUUGCAAAUUAGGAUUAACAUGUUUAAAAUGCUUCUGUAGGUUACAUAUUAUUGCAUGCUCUACAUUUAUAAAGAAUACAUUUCCAGAAAAUUUAUUUUCUGAAAGGUGAUUUUAAAAGGAUAAAUUGAUUGUCUUUAUAGAAAAAAUAAAAUAAGCUUGCCUUUUUUCCUGAUCACAUUUGUGUUUGAUUUCCUAAUGGGGUUGAGAAUCCAAGCUGCUGGCACUCUCAUCACUUUGACACACAUUGUAGAUGUCAUGGACUCACCCAAGGGGGGCAAUCAGAGGGUUUACUGUCCCGCUCUCCACUUAGUGGGGGCGAGUCGGGGGUAGGGAGGUUUGGGUUGGAGGAAGAAGGCACUCUCAUGUUGUAUUGCGCUUGGAAGUCCGAAUGGAUGGGAAGUGAGGGGUGGGCCAGGCUUCUAGGCAGUGUUUCCUUGGGAAACCUCUGCAGGCAGGCUACCAUCCACAAACCCCUAGCUCUGCACUCCCUUGUGAGCCAGAGCAUGCUACUCUUCUCUCUCAGCCUCAAUUUCCUCUCAUCUAUAGAGCAGAAUAUAUUUCAGAGUGAUUGAAUUAAUGAAACAAGAUGAUUAAUGCAAAGCAUCCAUGUUUCUAGGUCAUCAAUAAAGGGUGGUUUUGCAUCUUCCCAGCCAGGGGCUGCCUCCCUUUUCCUGGUAGAGCUUGGAAUUUUCUUCAUUUGAUCACAGUUGAAAAACUUCAGGAUACCAAAAGACAAAGAAUGGCCUAAGGGGUUUCUGCCCCUUAUUCCCCAUCACAUACAAUGCUAAGCAAGGGUGCAGUAUGGUCCCACAGCUUCCAUCCCUCCGCCCGAUGGGGUCAUCCAUCUUCUCAAGGCUCUCAGGGCUUCCCUCAUUCCAAAGUUUGGGGGAUAUGCCCUCAGGAUGGGGAUCUAGACCCUCUAGUGACAGUUGAACACCAUCUUCUCAGGACACUGAAAAGUGUCUUCCUGCUAAGUAACAGAAGCAGAGGAAGCCAA